AUGGCGCUCAAGUGUUUACUCCCUUUGAUUUGCAUCAGCCAUCUUGUCACUGGUCAUUUGGUGCUCAUUCGCAUGGACGGCGAAACAAAUGGAAACGUCGGUGUUGGAAUGGGUGUUGUACCUACAACGCCGAGAACCGGAUCACAGCCAGUCCCUUUUCAAUUAGAUUCUGCCGUAUUCAGCCAAGCAGAAUUGAGUGCUGGGACAGGUCCACCAUGUGGUCGGACCGUAGCUGGCGGAACUCUUGACUUACCAUCCGAGCUUCAAAAAGCCGAGAGGAAAGGUUUGCCCGAUGUUGGGCGAAGCGGACUCAUUCGAAUGGUCGGUCAUCAGGUUAACGCAGAUGGUGGAGGUGGAUACUUAUGUGCAGUGGAUCCAACUGCCUCCGGUACAUCAUUCACACGUGCUGAAAUGAUUGUCAACGUCCCCGGGAGAAAUGGACAGUCUAACGCACAGGCCACCAAUUUUCCUAUUGUCACCCAAAUCCCUCCAGGAAUGCAAUGUACUGGAGGUACCGAUGGAAAAACAUGUGUUGUUCGAUGUUUGAACACCGCUAGGAAUGGACCAUUCGGAGGAUGUAUGGCAUUUACACAAAACUCCAACUCUGGUCAAACUCAGAACCGAAGUGCCAGUACUCCUAAUCAACGCACACCUGAUAAAGUUCAACUUACCUCAACCAUUCCAAGACACAAAUCCAAAAGAAUUCCACAUUUUCGUCUUAUAAAAAGGUCAGACACUUUUGGUCCAACAGAACUAAUGGAAGAAAUAUCUUCAUCAACCGUUGGAGCUAGGCGAUCUUAA